UCUUUGUUUGGUGUUUAAAACAAUCUGACCAAGCGAAGAAAUUAUUCAAGCGUCAAUAAAACACAUUAUUCAAAAGAAAUCACUGUUAAAGUGAAAAGGCUACUAAAUGUAAGAAUUGAAGAGAUUGACAGCUAAACCCACUGUUUGUAUUUCCGGGGUUGGGCUACAUCAGAUGUCGUUUGUCAUGUCUCGUUUGAUUUUCCACCAAACAACAGCACGCUGGGAAACUUGAUCACAGAAUUUACGAGUUAAACCGGAUUGCCAGUUCUCUUCAGACGCCAGACUGAGUCUCUCUUCGUUGAGGUCAAUUCGAUUAGAUUGAACGACUUUUCAGCGGCAAGUCACCCGACACUAAUAUAUUUUGAGUAACGUAGAUGAAGUUGACGAGCUAUGAAGUUAGCGAAGUCAAAUACAGCGUUCAUCUGGUUGGUAUUUUGUGCAGUUUCUCUACACAUGAACCUCGUUUCGUCCAUGAUCAGGAAACACUACAUCGCAGCAGUUGAAAGAAGGUGGAACUAUGCUCCAAGUGGCUACAACAACGUGAAAGGGUUGAAGCUUGACGAAGAUAGUGAUGCCGCCGUGUUCACCACAAGAGGUGCUCACACAAUAGGGAGCGUUUACAACAAGGUACUCUAUCGUGAAUACACAGAUGGUACCUACAGCACGGAGAUGGACCACCCACAAUACCUCGGCUUUCUAGGGCCCAUAUUGAAGGGCGAGGAGGGAGACACGAUUGAGAUCCACUUCAAGAAUACAGCCAGUCGGAACUUUUCGAUGCAUCCACACGGGGUCUUCUACAGGAAGGACUCUGAAGGUGCUUUAUACGAAGACAAGACCACUGGGAGCGACAAGAACGAUGAUCACGUGCCUCCUGACGGAAGUCACAUAUACAGUUGGAAGCUAACGAAUGCUCACGCGCCAACAGACAGCGACGAUGACUGUCUCACGUGGAUCUAUCAUUCGCAUGUGUUGCCUCACAAGGACAUUAACACUGGGCUGCUAGGAAUCAUGUUGACUUGUAAGAAGGGAGCUUUAUCUGGCGAUGGACCCAAAGGAGUAGACAAGGAGUUCGUUGGUCUUUUCACGGUGCUGGAUGAAAAUGAAAGUUGGCUUCUUCAGAAGAACAUCGACGAGUUUUGUAGUGAUCCUUUGGGAGUGAAAACAGAGGACGAAGAUUUUCAAGAGAGUAACAAGAUGCAUGCCAUUAACGGUUACUUCUACGGAAAUCUGCCCGGCCUGGAGAUUUGUCUGGGAGAUUCUGUCAAAUGGCACUUGGCUGGGAUUGGAAAUGAAGUGGACAUUCACACUGCUUACUUUCACGGACAGUCGUUCAUUAUCGAUGGUCAUCGCAAAGAUGUAGCUUCUCUUCUUCCAGCAACUUUCGUGACGGCAACUAUGAAGGCACUGAAUCCCGGAACGUGGAUGUUGAAUUGCCUCGUCAACGAUCAUUAUAAUGCUGGUAUGUAUGCUUUGUACAACGUCACGAAGUGUGCUGGUAAGAGUGAUUACGUGCCAACGGUGAGUGGCGGGAAAACGAGGAGGUACUACAUCGCAGCAAACGAGGUACCGUGGAAUUAUGGGCCAACUGGGAUGAACAACAUGGAUGGCCAGAGUUUGACGAAGCCCGAUAGCGGCUCAGCUGUGUUCUUUGCUCAAGGUGUUGACAGAAUCGGUGGAACGUACACUAAGGCGUCCUAUGAGGAGUAUACCGACAGUACUUUUUCCGUGAAGAAGGAAAAACCGAAACAUCUCGGGUUUCUUGGGCCUGUGAUCCGGGCAGAAGUUGGUGAUGUGAUCGAGGUCGUGUUUAAGAACAAUGCAAAUCACAACUACAGUAUUCAGCCGCAUGGAGUUUUCUUCAACAAGUCAAAUGAGGGAGCCUUGUACCAAGAUAGAACAUCCGGGGCUCAAAAGGCGGACGAUAUUGUGCGACCAGGUCAGAAGUAUACUUACCGGUGGACUGUGCCCAAGGAAGUGGGUCCAAGUAUGAGUGACUCUCAGUGCAUCACGUGGUUGUACUAUUCCAGUGUGGAUCCAGUUAAAGACACUUAUUCUGGUCUUUUUGGUCCACUGUUGACUUGUAAAAAGGGAUCAUUGAAGGACGACAACACACAAAAGAACGUCGACCAUGAAUUCGUGCUGCUGUUUACUGUAACCGACGAAAGCGCCUCUUGGUAUCAUGAGAAGAACAAGAAGAGAGCGAAUGAUCCUAGCCAAAUUAACGAUGAGGAUGAAGAUUACCUUGAAAGCAACCUGAUGCAUGGUAUAAAUGGAUAUCUAUACGCUAACCUUCCUGGUCUAGAAGUCUGUCUUGGGGACAAAGUGUCUUGGCACUUGAUCGGCCUCGGAAAUGAAGUAGACAUGCACACAGCUUACUUUUACGGAAAUACUUUUUCUGAAAACGGUCAGAUGAAGGAUACAGUCAGCCUCCUGCCAGGGGUGUUUUCUACACUACAAAUGACUCCUGAUAACCCGGGAGAAUGGGCGAUAGUUUGUAGGACCAACGACCACUAUUCAGCUGGCAUGCAGGCGAAAUAUAAGGUGAAACCUUGCGGUAAAGUGCCCACCACAAAGCCUCCUGGGACUGUUCGACAAUACUAUGUGGCAGCAGUUGAGGAGGAGUGGGACUACGCGCCCACUGGAAGAGACGUGUUGGAAGGAAAACCGCUGAAAGAUAGCGAAGAGGCUGCUACAUUCACUGUCAAUAGCGCCAAUCGAAUUGGCCGUAAGUACAAGAAAGUUUUAUACCGCGAAUACACCAGUGCCCAGUUUACCCGACAGAAAACGAGGACCGAGGCUGAGAAGCACCUCGGGGUACUGGGUCCCAUGUUACACGCCGAAGUUGGAGACACAAUCGAGGUGACCUUUAAGAAUAUGGCCAGCAGAAAGUUCUCCAUGCAUCCACAUGGACUGUAUUACACGAAAAAAAACGAGGGUUCAAAUUAUGAUGAUGAGACAUCACAAGAUGACAAAAUCGACAACGCAAUUAAUCCCGGCAAAACCUUCAUCUACAAAUGGCAAGUUCCUGAACGCGCGGGUCCUGGACCGAAUGGUCCAACCUGUGUCACGUGGGCUUAUUACUCUGAUGUCGAUCCUAUAAAGGACACAAACAGUGGAUUGGUGGGACCGCUGGUCAUAUGCAAAAAGAACACGUUAACAGCAACAAAUUCCAGAAGCGAUGUAGAUCACGAGUUUGCGCUGUUGUUCACCGUCCUGGAUGAAAACGAGAGUUGGUAUUUGGACGAGAACAUUGACACAUAUUGCAAGAAUCCUGGAAACAAAGAUCAGCUCAAGGAUGACGAGGAUUUCCAGGAGAGCAACAAGAUGCACGGUGUGAAUGGUUUUGUGUUUGCCAACGCGGACGGUUUUAAGAUGUAUCAGAAUGAGAAAGUGGACUGGUACCUACUUGGUAUGGGUAACGAGGUCGACAUGCAUACAGUCCAUUUCCACGGUCAAACAUUUCUACGUAAACAUGUCGGCUAUCACCGCGAAGAUGUGUACGAUCUCUUCCCAGGAGUCUUUGCUACCGUGGAGAUGAUUCCUGAUAGUGUGGGGGUCUGGUUGCUUCAUUGUCACGUGAACGAUCACAUGGUCGGUGGAAUGCAAACGCUUUAUACUGUUUAUGACGAAUCAUUGAAAACAACAACUCCAAGC